AAUGUACGUCUUCUGUUUCUUCCAAUCCCUACUGUUAGUGCACUGUUUACAAUUUUAUUUUCUUCGUACUUCGUAAAAUGACACAUUCAUCAUUACCUAACUAAAACCGUCGAUCAGAAUUAUGCACUGUUUGACUUGUUUGUACUUGCAGGCUCACAAAUAAGUUAUUAAUAAUGUGCUUCAAUAAUUCACCGUUUAUAUAAAUUUUUGUACAGUAGGCCUACAGUAGUUUCAAUAUCUACAAUGGAAGCAUCUAACAAUCAAAUAUUUUACAACAGGAAAAGAAGCAGAAGUCAUACAGAAGAUGAAGGGGGAGAGUUUACUCCAUUGUCAAAGAGAAUAAACAACUUGCAUAUUAACAACCCUGCUUGGAAGCAUGUUCAUCAGGGAGAAGGGACUGCAGUCUUAAGGCAGGUUGCAUCACAUCCCCACUACUCACCAGACUUAGGACCAGCAGAAAACCCGUUCUACUAUGAAAACAACCGGUUACUUUACAACUUGUAUAUGGAACGAAGCCAGAGAUCUGGUGGACCACCUUACUAAGGAGACAGGAUAUGUUCCAAACAUAUUGGACAUCUAUGGGAUUAAGACUGCAAAAUGUUCUGUGUCAAAUUAUUUAUUAGAGCUUUAUCUCUUUGUUUUUGCAUUGUUAUGCAGCCUACUAAUGGUUUUUAAAGCAUGAGUGUAUUCAGAAUGGUGCUAGUUAAUAAGAACUUACUGUCCCAUUUUAUGUAAAGUAUGUUAAAUUGUCUGUGAAUUAAAUUCUGAUUUAACAGUUCUUGCUCGACUCCAAAUUUGGCGAAACUUGUGAUUAUGAGUGCCAUUAUGGAUGGAAGGUUGAAUAGUUUCAUGUUGAUAUGGGAAGCCUCUGCAGUUGUGUGAUCAAUGCUAGCACAAAAGUUUUAGGAGAUAAUGUUUGGAUGCCAAAGUAGAUUUGAACAAAAACUUAUCUUUGUAGAAUGUUAGGUUGUGAAAUUAAACCAUUUUUGGGGAAAAAAUUGUACCGUAGGCGAUGUGUCUAAAAGUCAGGAAAUAUGUUUGUACAUACAUAAAAAAUAUUUAUUAACCCUUUGAGUGCCAACGUCCGGGGAACCGGACGUUUUUAAAACGAGCCAAAAGUGCCGACGUCCGGCCGACCGGACGUUUUUAGAACGAGCCAAAAGUGCCAACGUCCGGCUGACCGGACGUUUCGUAAUGAUCGAACAGUUGUCAUAACAACCGAAUGGAUACUCGGAUUCUUUUAACCCAUAUAUUAACAUUGAGUCGAAAGUUACUAGAUGCGAUACAUCGAUUUUCGUUGGUCGAAAUAUCGAAAAUUUGAUUUUUACGAAAUUUUAACCUAAAAAUCGCCAGAUCGCGCUCGGCAUUUUUAGCGCGACCUUCGGGAAAAAUCAUCGGCAUUUUUUUAGCGUUACUUUUAUUUCUCGCCUGGCACUCUAAGGGUUAAUUUCAUGAUAAUUUCAAUUAUAUGAAAUAUAAUUAAAUAUAGGCCUAUUAUAUUAAUUUUAAUUAUAUUAACUUGUACAACAUCAAUGCUGCCCUUAAUCAACAACCAUUACUCAAUAAAUUAAGUAAACCGAGUAAAUUAUUUAUUUAUGAACAUUUCCAUCAUUAACAAAUGUUCUGUAUGCUGUAAUUUAAAACCAUAUUAUACUCUUGCAUGUUUUCUAUCAUGUAACUAUGUAAUAGCCUAUUCCAAGCAAUGAAAACACUAUUUAUAUUUUUUUCUGAUAGAUCUAGUCGAGAGGCAUUUUGAUUUGAGGCAUUCAAAAAUGCUUUUAAGAGAAGAUUUGAAGGUUUUUGUAAAAAACCACUUCCAUGGUUGAUGUUAAUUGCAUUUAUAUAUCCUUAAACCAUUAGUUUUUCAUGCAUUUAUGUUUUAUAGCUCUCGCUGACUUUGAAUAACUUACCAAACAAAAUUAAUAGUGCUUUCACCAAUAAUUUUACCUUCACUUCUUUUUGCUAUUUUGUAAAUUUCACAAUAUUUUUGGUAUUUUCAUUGUUAAUUGUUAGUUAGGCCUAGUCCAUGAAACAGUAAUUCUAUGGACAGUUUUUUAUCUAGUUUAAAAUUAUUUAUUGUCAUUUUAAGAAUAAGAAUUUCUGCCACUCAUCCCUAUUAAAAUUAUUUUCUAAAUUGUGCUGAGUACAUAUUUAUGUGUAAUUUUACAAGUUUUACCUUUCAAACUCCUCAUUUGACUGAUCUUAAAAGAGGUUAAGCUGUUAUUAAAUCAUGUAUUUUUUAGUGUUUGUAAUUAAAUAAGCAAUUUAUUCUUA